AUGUCGGACACACCGACGUCGCCCGAUCCCACCCCUGUGCCGGCUCCUGCCGUGUCGGAGCAGCCCGAAGCAUCCGCCGCCGCCGCACCCGUCGACGCAGCCGAAGCAGCACGUCUCAAACGCGAGGCCCGAAAAGCCCGAAUCCUCAGCAAAGGCUCCGAUCGCCUCGCUCGCAUCACCAACACUGGUCGUGGAGAAGGAGCCUCCGCUUACCUCAAAGACAACACCCCCUCCCUCCCCACCACCCCCACUCCCAACUCUUCGGCACAGCUCAACAACCCCAUCGCAGCCGCCAGGGACGACGACGAUCCGCUUGAAGUGGAUAUCUCCACCUUGUCACCCAGAGCAGGUCCGCCUAGAGGCGAAGAUGCCACGAAUCCGUUCGCAAUGUUCGGAAGUGGAGGCGAUCCGAUGAUGAUGGGAGGAGCAGGGCAAGGAGGACAGCAGAACCCGAUGGAGGCGUUGAUGGCCAUGAUGGGAGGCGCUGGAGGUGGCAUGGGUGGUCCACCCGGUGCUGAUGGUCAACCUGACAUGUCUGGCUUGCCGCCACAGCUUGCGGCUAUGAUGCAGCAAUUCGGUGCUGCCGGUGGCCCGGGUGGUCCAGGUGGUUCCUCUGCCGUACCUACCGCAACAACCACGAAGUCUCUCUCAGAACGAUGCUUCGACCUUUUGCAAGCAGUCCUCGUCGUAGCACUAGCCGUUGUCGCCGCCAAAUCAUCCCUGUUCGACACAAACCGCUCCUCCGUCCUCCCCGAUAGCGUCAGCGAAACGCUCGACAAGCUCCCAUCCUCCUCCUUCCCAUCAACAUUACGCAGAUGGGCCAAGCUAGGCUACCAACAACCAUCUCCACUCGAAUGGUCCUCCCCCCUCACCCUCACCACCACAAGCAGCACCACCCCCUUCGGCCUGCCGCUAUUCUGGAUCUUCCUCUCGCUCGAACUGAUGCUUCAAGCCGCACGCAUCGUCAUCUUCUCACGCAAAACCCCCGCGCCUCCUAGCUUGCUCUCGACGCUGACCGCCAUGCUUCCCAUCCCGAACCUGCAUAUGGCGGUGAGACUGGCGGGCAAGUAUUUGGCGCUGGUCAACGCUUUGGUGAACGAUGUGAGCUUGUUGGUGUUUGUGUUUGGAGUGAGUGUGCUGUGGAGCGGGUGGAAGUUGGGAGGUGUGGGGAUGCUCGAGGAUGCUGUGAAGGUGGGUGGGUUUGGACACGAUGAGUUGUAG